CCGCCCCUCCCCCAGCUCGGAGGGGAAGCGACUCGUGGCGCGACCGUAAGGAUUCACCUGAGUGAAGCUUGGAUGAUUUUGUCUCCAGCGUUUGUGCUGGAUUUGAACUAGAGAUUGAGAAUCUCAGUUUUGCUGACUGCAGAGUCUUCACUGCCAAAAUGACAUCACAUUCCACAUCUGCCCAGUGCUCAACAUCUGACAGUGCUUGCAGAAUAUCUUCAGAAAGAAUCAGUCAGCAGGUACGACCAAAACUACCACUUCUGAAGAUUUUGCAGGCUGCAGGUGCUCAAGGGGAAGUAUUCACUAUGAAAGAGGUAAUGCACUUUCUAGGCCAGUAUAUAAUGGUGAAACAACUCUAUGAUCAACAGCAGCAACAUAUGGUAUAUUGUGGUGGAGAUCUUUUAGGAGAUCUGCUUGGACGUCAGAGCUUUUCUGUGAAAGAUCCAAGCCCGCUCUAUGAUAUGUUGAGAAAGAAUCUUGUCACAUCAGCCUCCGUUAACACAGAUGCUGCUCAGACUCUCGCUCUCGCACAGGAUCACAGUAUGGAUAUUCCAAGUCAAGACCGACUGAAGCACAGUGCAUCAGGAUGCUCCAAUUCCAGAAAAAGAACUGCAGAAGAUGAUACUCAUACACUGCCUACCUCACAAUGUAAAAGCAGAGAUUCUAAAGGAGAUGAAGAUUUAAUAGAACAUUUAACUCAAGAUGAGACAUCUAGGCUGGACCUUGACUUUGAGGAGUGGGAUAUUGCUGGCCUGCCAUGGUGGUUUUUAGGGAACUUGAGAAACAACUAUGUACCUAGAAGUAAUGGCUCGACGGAUUUACAGACAAAUCAGGAUAUAGGUACUGCCAUUGUUUCAGACACUACGGAUGAUUUGUGGUUUUUAAAUGAGUCGGUGUCAGAGCAAUUAGGUGUUGGAAUAAAAGUUGAAGCUGCUAAUUCUGAGCAGACGAGUGAAGUGGGGAAAGCACGUGACACAAAGGUGAUUGAUGUGGGAAAAGAUGAUGAUCUUGAGGACCCUAAGUCCUUGAGUGAUGAUACCGAUGUGGAACUUACCUCCGAGGAUGAGUGGCAGUGUACAGAGUGCAAGAAAUUUAAUUCUCCAAGCAAGAGGUAUUGUUUUCGUUGCUGGGCCUUAAGAAAGGAUUGGUAUUCGGAUUGUUCUAAAUUAACUCAUUCUCUCUCCACAUCUAAUAUCACUGCCAUACAUGAAAAGAAAGAGAAUGAAGGAAUUGAUGUCCCCGAUUGCCGGAGAACCGUUUCAGCUCCAGUUGUCAGACCUAAAGAUGUGUAUUUAAAGGAAGAGAAUACCAAGUUUAACCCUUGUAACUCAGUGGAGUUUUUGGAUUUGGCUCAUAGUUCUGAAAGCCAAGAGACCAUCUCAAGUGUGAGAGAACAAGCAGAUAUCCUUUCUGAACAGAAAACAGAUACAGAAAGUAUGGAAGAUUUUAAAAAUAUCUUGAAGCCAUGCAGUUUAUGUGAAAAAAGGCCUCGGGAUGGGAACAUUAUUCAUGGGAGAACGAGCCAUUUGACGACGUGUUUCCAGUGUGCCAGAAGACUAAAGAAGGCUGGAGCUUCAUGUCCUUCUUGUAAGAAAGAGAUUCAGUUGGUUAUUAAAGUUUUUAUAGCAUAGCUGAGUCAGUUGCAGAGAAAUAUUAGGAUCAGGUAAUUUCUCAAAAAACCAGUAUUCUUGGAGGCAGGAGCAGAAGAUCACCUAUUUUGAUGCCAGUCUGGGCCAUAUAGUGAGACUUUGUUUUUAAAAGAGUCAGUAUUGAGCAUCUUUCAUGAGUGUGACCCCCAUUGUAUAUGUUUAUUUAUGGAAUUUUAGAAGAUCAGUUUGAGGGUUUCAUUGAUGUUAGAUACUUAAAUCACUUUGUUCUCCUUCCAAAUCUUAAAUCUUGAGUGGGAAUGAUACCAACACAAACAUAACAAUGCAUUCUUUUAUUCCCUGCCGAGAGUAAUGCAUUAGUUGGUUCAUACUCUACCCUGCUGUGAUAUAAUGUUCUCGGGACAUCAAAAUCUAAGGUAGUUAUUAGAAAAAUACUAGGACCAACACUGAAGAAACAAAUCUGAUUAGUCACUGUAGCCAAGGAUGACCUUCUAUUCCUGACCGUCUGUGUCUCUCCCACCUGUGUGCUGUGCUUACAGGCUGUCCCAUCAUGCCUAGCAGAAUCUCUCAGGUUUACAUAAAAUAACAGGAGUGAACAUCUCCGCACAGCCUCCUCAAAGAGAAGGUAUAGGCUUUGUAGCCAACACUUGGCAGUUGUCUCCUGGAAGCUGGUUAGGUGUUUUUGUACUUUGCCUCUAGAAUUGUUCACACUCCGAGGCAAUGGCCAGUGAUAGGGUUGAACAAGUGGAGAGAAGAGGGAGUGUUAGAUUUGUGAAAAUGGAGGGAAACAAAUUGAUCUUCAAUUUUGCUUAGUCAUUUUAGACCACAUCAAUUUAGUAUACAAACCGAAGAUCUUCACAUUGAAGCCCCCUUAUACUUACCUGUGUCUGCUGAACCCAUGGGAUAGAUCUUGGUGUUUCCCCAGGAAUAUGAAUACCUCAUUUUAAAGACCAAGUCUGUAUAACUAUUGAACUUGGGGGACAUCUAGCUGUUCCAGCCUUUCCAAUGGCUCCUGCUCUUAGAAAUGGGGAGAUAUAUGGUAACUAAUCCCAUGAUGUGCCUAUUGGACCAAGAGCAUUGGGGCUUCUAUAAUUACUACUAAGGGGAGGUAUGUUAGCAUGUGUUUUUGCGUUGACUCUGUGUUCCCUGUCUGCCCCACUGCCCUCCCACUAGACCCGACUGCACCAAAUGCCUAUUGGGUUAAUUGUCAUAGUUACUCCUUUUUUCCCCCAAUUUUUUCCGUAGUUACUCUUCAAUUGUGACAAAACACCAAGGCAUAAAAGCAUUUAAUUGGGCUUGCCUUUCAAGAAGGUUAGAAUCCAUGAUGGCAGAUAACUGAUCGCUCACAUCUUGAUCUGCAAGUAGGAGGCAGAGAAAAAAACCUUGUGAAAUCCUUGACCCCCACUGCCUCCAAGGCAGCACCUUUUAAUCCUUCCCAAACAGUUCCAACAACUGGGGGCCAAGUAUUCAAACAUGAACCUGUGGUGGCCAUUCUCAUGUAAACCUCCACAUUCCACUCCCUAGCUCCCAUAGGCUUUUGACUAUAUGGUAGUGCAAAAUGCAUUUGUCCAACCUCAGAAAUUCUGUGUUUUAGUUUUGACAUAAUUUAAAAGUCAAGUCAGUCUUCUGAAACCAGAAUCAAAAGAGCAAAUUUUAUUCUAAUACACAAUGGCACAGAAUAUGCACCAUCAUUCUAAAAAGUAUAUUCAAAGAAUAGUAGAGCAAUUCCAAAUCCUGUCAUCAUGUCUGGUGCUUAGAUAAUGCUUCCUUUCUUGCUUUGCUGACUGCAACACGCUUUCUCUGUUUCCAUUCUUGUAUGCAGCUCUCCUUGGCAGGUAACACAUGACUCUGACACCUCUGCAUUUACAAUCUCCUCAUUAUGUGGCCUCAGUGGCUCUCUUUAACCAUGGAGGAAGUUUCUACAACCCCUUGCUCAUGUAUCCUCUAAUACUCUAUAGCCAGAUUACACUGCCAAGUUCUACCUGCUUAGGAGAGCCUGCGCCCCCCCCCCCCCCAGUCACACUUGGGCUUUUUACUUUCACAAGAGGGAUAUUUAGCUGGGUGGGAUUUUAUCCUGAGGGCAUUUCUCCCUCCAUUUCAUAUCAGGCCUCUCCUUAAUCUCAGCCUCUGAGUGCAAGCCUUGGCUCCCAGCAUUAACCUCCCUGGUGCUCUUUCCUGCAUACUCUGUAUAGGAUAGUCUUUCUGCCUCACAUGCUCUUUUCUGUUACUAACAGCUAUGCUGCAGAGUCAGCAUUCAGCUCUUUGGAAGGCUCCUCUGUCAAAUUAGUCUGUUACUUUUCACUUAGGCUUAGGCAGCUUCUUAGGACAAGGGCAGAAGAAGGCAGCCGCAUACUUUGCCAAAACAUCCCAAGAAUAGUCUUUUUCUCAGUUGCUAAUUAAGUGUUAUCCUCUGAAGCUUCAUGAUCUAGACUUCCACAGACCACAUGGCUCUUGGCACUACUCUCUUCCAAGCUUCAACCACUUUCUUAGUCCAAAGUCCCAGUCUUCCACAUUUCUCCAACAAGCCAUGUGGCCAGGUCUUUCAUAGCAGUGGCCCAUUUCUGCUUCCGACUGGUGUCUGGCUAUUCUUUAGUGCUGUGGCAAAACACUCCAGCCAAGGCAGCAGAGAGAAGAAAGCCUUUAUUGGGGCUAUGGUUUCAGAGGAUUAGUUCAUGAUGACACCAACAUUGGAGAGCAGGAGGUAGAGAGAGAACCCUGGGAGUGGCAUGGGCUUUUGAAACCUCAAAGCCUUCACUUGUGACACACCCCUACCAACAAGGCCACAUCUCCUAAUCCAAAUAGUUCUUCCAACUGUGGAUCAAAUAAUCAUACAUGAACCUAUGGGGGCCAUUCUCAUUCAAACCACCAGUUUUCAAAGGAGUUCUUUCUUAGCUAUAUCUUGUCAUUGCCUCCAGUUGAUAAUUUCACUAGUUGUAGCAAAUAAAGUAGAAUUUGUCUAUAAAGUAGAAUUUGUCUUUCCUCAGUGGCCAAGCCUUUGCUAUUACCUUCUGCAAGUAUUAAAAGCCCUGUAGCUCCUAUUUGGCGUGAUGUGCAGCUUCUUUGAGAGACUGAUUACAGACAUCUUUAUUCACAUCUCCAUGGUAGUGAGAAUAACAAAGUAGUGUAGAGAUGAUCACAGAUGUCACCAAUCAUAAUUCCUGCUUCAGAACAGGCUGUGAUGUAUCCAUCCUCCUGAGUGGAACUGAGUUUUCUUUUUUUACUUUAUUAAAAUACUGAGUUUAUUUCAUAUGUAUAUUUUUGUCUCCCUACCGUUUCCACAUCUAAGACUAUUACUAUGUCCUAUCAUAAUAUUCCAUACAUACUUGAAACCAAGUAAAGGGUGGAGUUCCAUCCUUGAAAACUAAACAGGCAUUUUAGAAAAUGCAUUCUUGGCAAGGAACCUGGACAACAUUUAUCAAACACAGUAGGGAAAGUUCUCACUUUGCAUUAUAAAAAAGACAGCCAGAGCCGGGUGAUGGUGGCGCAGGCCUUUAAUCCCAGCACUCGGGAGGCAGAGGCAGGCGGAUCUCUGUGAGUUCGAGACCAGCCUGGUCUACAGAGCUAGUUCCAGGACAGGCUCCAAAGCCACAGAGAAACCCUGUCUCAAAAAAAAAAAAAAAAAAAAAAAGCCAGAUAUAUCAACUAUUACAGAAAAUAAGACGGAAUAUUUCAAAGUGUUAAAACCAUUUUCUUAAAAGAGACUUCCUCCACUGCUGGAGAUCUUGACUAGCCUCCUGGUCAGUCAUCCGGAAGCAGUUUUUCACAUAAUUAAUGAACUUGGCUUCCACUUUGGGAAGAGAGCCACCGUUUUCUAUAUUUGCUUUCAUUUUUGCCUUUAUGUCUUAUACAAAACUAGGUCCUUUUGGUGUUUUAGGUUUUUUUUUUUUUCCUGUUUUUUUGAAGGACUCUUGACCCUUUGAUCUUGGUGUUGAUGGUUUUAAGUCUUUUCCAUUUUGGUUUGAUUUUUGUGCACUUUUGGCUGGGGUGUCUUAUACAGAUUUCUUCACUGGAACUUAUUCAGCUUCCUCAUCUUCAUCAUCAUCCUCAUCAAAUUUUCCUUUUUUUCUGUGAAACCUUGUUGCCACCUCCAGGAGCAGAUUGCUUUCCAGACAUACUCAACAGCUUUACAUCCUCCUCAUCUUCAUCUCUGACUGCAUCUUCCUCCAAGCUACUAGGUGCUGCCCACUAAUGUUUACAGGCCCUGAACCACACUUCAACCUUAAGACCACAGGUGGUGUUAGGAACUGAAUCCUUUUCAGUUCCAAGAAUUAUAUUCAAAAUAGAAUGUAUUUUAAGUCAUCCCAGUGCUCCUCAUCUUUUGGGGCAGGAUCUUGCUGUUUAGCUAUGACUGGCCUAGGCCUCACCCUGUAUCUCAGGCUGGCCUCAACCCUGCAGUGAUCUUCCUGCUUUUGCCUCUCGAGUGCUGAGUUUAUAGGCAUGUCCUGGUUAAGUUUCUUACUUUGGUUGUCAUUUAAGUUAGUAUUGUGAUCAUACUAUCUUUGACAGAAAAUCAGAGCAGAGCUGACAGGUGAUUGGAAAAGGCUCUUCCCUGUUACCUUACAUACGGUGUUAGUAUGCUUAUGUAUUUACCACUGUGUCAGACUAGAAGUUCAGGCCAAGCCUUUACACUGGUGUCACUGCCUCCCUGGCCCAUCUAUGUCAGAUUUCCCAGUGAGGGCUGGAACUGGUGGAUCAGAGCAGCCAAGCCAGCCUUCUAACUGCCACAGAAUUGUGUAAUAGCACGUUUUACUGCCAAGCAUUUGUGAUUGUGUGAUAAUAUGUUUAUUAUUUGUGCAUAUUUAGAUGUAUGUGAUACUUUACAUGGUUUGAAAGAAUUUAUUCUGAAAGCCAGGAUCACGUGUGUCAGUUCAAUGUAAUGGUUCCCUUGAAAAGUCUUGAUUGAGGAAUUGGUGAAUGUUUCCAGUUCCUUAAUGUUACCUGGUUGGUUCUUUUUAGAAAGGAAGAACCUUCCAGACAGCUUAGCUAUUUGUCAGUGUUUUUGUUUUGUUCUGUUCCCAUGAUGUUCUGUGAACUCCGAAAGUACAUGGCUUUAGAUACUGUGACUGUUAUUUUUCCUUUUAGCCUAAAUUGUUGCUUCAGCCUAAAGAAGACUAUUGCCUCCAACCAACCUUUCAUGUAUGUUCACACUAUCUAGAUUGAUGCUACCUUUGCUCAGAAAUUUUAGAUAAAGAAUUAGCUGUUUAGUCUCUUCACUUCAAUGAUAAACCCAGAAGCUGUCCUCUGUGCCAAAAGUAAAGUGUGCAAUGUUUACAGAUGGGUGGAAUUUUGCACUGCCAUAGGGAAUGGUGAGGUUAUAUCACCAGAUUCCCUAGAUUUAUGGGUAGAUAGUUGCCGUUUAUGCUUAUGAGAGGAGCUGUUGAGCCUUCUGAGUCUAACCUGGAAAUGAGUAUCUGAGACAAGUGGUUGAAGUGACUCACUCCCUAGACCUAGCUUGGGAGCAGUUUCCAGUUUGUUUGGAGGUGUUUUUUCUAUUGACAGCUCUUUGUUGUCUGCAGUUACUAUGUGCUUCCUUUAGAGGAGCUGCUAGCCCUUCCCUCCUCGGGGAGAAUGUUGUGUAGGCAUUUUGAGAUUUUUUGAUGUAAUAAAUGUGCAAUCCCAAGUAAUGUCAUUAUUGGUGAAUGUGGCAUUAGUAAAGAAACUCUUACUAUAAAUUAUUCUUCCCUCAAUAGCCCCACUCCUUUUUUUUUUUAAUUAAAGAGACAGGCUCUCCAUGUAUAGUCCUUGGUUGACCUAGAACCUUUGUAGACUAGGGUGUCCUCAAACUCACAGAGAUCUGUCUGUUUCUGCCUUCUGAGUGCUAGGCCUAAAGGCAUCUGUCACCAUACCCAUCCUUAGUAGCCUUUUGAAUGGCUAAUGUUACAAAAACUGAUCUCAUAUCCACGGUGCUGCUUUCCCUGUUUAUUUGCGUUUGCAUAGGAGCCUCUAGUCCCUUCUAGCAGCACAGCACAGCCAGCAGCACUCCCCAUUUCUGAAGGUGGAGGAAUCAGAGAUAAGCUAUAAGGGCAAUAGUGCUACCAGGACAGUUCCUUCAGUGCUGUUAGAGUUUGGCAAAUGCUUUACUAAAGAUCAGCAUUGUGUUGAGACACCUGAGAGCCAAUCAGAGCAUUUUAUUUGUUAUCCAAUGGUGUUUUGUAUUUUAAACAGCAAGUACUUGGAUGUUUGUAGGCAUUUCCCCUUCCUCCUUCCCUCUCUCCUUUAUGGUUGCUUUUAUGCUAUCCUGGUUCGAAGUUAACUGGGUUUGGACCUUGCUUCUAUGCCAAAGGCCAUCUUUCUCUCUGGGUAGUUAGAGCUGCUUUGUACGUAUGUACGGUCCUUCUUCGGCCAGUCUUAAGCAAUAUUGUGUCUGUGUUUGCAGAGGACCAUGAGCUUAGGGAGGAGGGAAACUGAGAUCAGCUGGAUGGCUUCUUUUGUGUGUGUGAUGGGUUGGUAAUUAGUUCACAGCUGAUUUGUCUGAGCACUGAGGAAUUUGAGGUCAGUUUUCCAACCCUCUGCAUGCCCAUUUGUUUCCCCGUCGUUCACUCCCUGUCAGUAAGGACGCCACACCACCCCUCUAACACAGUAAUAGGAAAUGCAAUGUACUUGGAAUAGUAGAAGUUUCAGUGUCUGAACAAGACUGUCUGUAGCUUGCUAUGAAUUGUUUCCUCCUGAUUAAAGAAAGAUUACCCCAGCAGCUUGUAGCCUAGUCUGAAAGUUGUAAGCUGCAGUUUUUCUCACUUGUAACACCAACAUACACACCACCCCUUUCUACCUCAGGUUGUUGUGGAGACUAUUGGGGAGCAACUCUUAAAAACUUACUGCCUUGAAGAAGGUGUAAGAAGCUAAUAGUCUUAGUCGACUGUACUGUGAGGCUUGUAUUAAGAAGCCCUUGAGUUCUGGAAGCAGUUCUCCUUGCUGCCUGUUUGCCAGAGCCUGUGUUGCUUACUGUAAGUCCUCUGCUCACAUGCUAUCUUUUAUCCUUCAGACGCCUUGAGAAGUGCAUGUAAAUAUGGACAGUACAUCCUUUUCUCAUGGAACGUUCUUGCUGAGGCCUUGCUGUGUAGGAAUUCUUUUUAUGUGCACUUGAGUAGGUGGCAUAAGAUGCUCUGCUGGUGUGCAGAAACAGGCAGUUCCUGGCAUCCUGGGCGGGGAGUCGCCAGUACAGUAGUAGCAAAUGAGGGGUAAUAGACUGAGAAGAAUGGCAGCUUACUAGUGAGGCCGGAGGAAAGUGUUUCCAUGUGUCUUUGUGUAAUUUCCUACAGUGCCACUGAGUUAAUAGCCCUGUACCUGGGUGUUUGCACUAUGUAAUGCUUCUACGGCCUUUUUAUUGUGUUUUUGUGUGAUUAAACAGUUUUCAUUUCA